AUGUCUAGUUUUUCCCUGCCUUUCAUCCUGUCGAGCCCGGGCUGCUCUCUUGGCCUCUCGCUCGCCGCAUCUGGCGAAUCGACCGAUUUAACGAGCGGGCAUGAGGUUUCCUGCGGUCGGCUAGGCUCAGGCUUGCCCCGUCCAGCACGUGCUAACCCCCAGGCUGCCAGAGCGACCGUUAACCAGGAGUGCAUAACGGCAUACAACGACCUGAAGCUCAACAAGAGGUACAAAUACGUCAUCUUCAAGCUGUCGGAUGACAGCAAAGAGAUCGUUGUCGACAGCACGAGCGAAGAUGGCCCCGAGUACGAGGAUUUCCGAGAAAAGCUGAUCAACGCCAAGACCAAGAGCAAGACUGGUGCCGUUGGCAAGGGCCCCCGAUAUGCCGUCUACGACUUCGAGUACCAGCUUUCGUCUGGUGAGGGUGUCCGGAACAAGAUUACCUUCAUCGCCUGGUCCCCGGAUGAUGCCGGAGUCAUGGCCAAGAUGAUCUAUGCUUCGUCCAAGGAGGCCCUGAAGCGGGCACUCCCUGGUCUCGCGACUGAGGUGCAGGCCAACGACGCCGAUGACAUCGAGUACGACACGCUCAUCAAGACGGUCAGCAAGGGUACCGCUGCAUAA